AUGGACUUCCUUACUCGACUUCCAUUUGAUCUUCGUGUAGAGCUCCUAUCACAGAUUGAAAUGGGAACAAACAUGCUUCCUCUCAUGAAGACAUCUCCACCUAUGAUCCCGGCAUAUUGCGACAUCCGUUGUCGUUUCUACAAGGCGCUCUUCAACGAAUGCAUGAUGCAGGAUGCAUUGGCCAUCGUCUUCUUCCCAUCCAGAAUUGUUCCGUGGACAGAAGAUUCCAUCCGAUUGGCUCUGAUUAACAAUUGGAGAGAGGGACAAUUCGCAGACCAUUUUAAAAAUCACGACUAUGUUACUAUAAACUCGCUCGAUAAACUCUAA